AUGUGGCUCAAGUACGGGCAGAAGAACAUCCACAACACCUCCAUCAUACGGUGCUACUACAAGUGCUAUUCUUCUAAGAACAAGCCCGCCUGCCGAGCGAAGAAGACUGUCGACUACGACCGCCGCCUCCCCAUCUCGUCCGCCACCACCCUCACCAACUACACGUACCGCUCUCACAACCACUCCACUCCUCUGAUCGACGCCAGCGAUGCCAUCUCCCAGGGCUCCUGUCCUUCCAACGCUGCAGAUUCGGGCUCCGUCGCGCAGGCAUGCUCUCCCAACUCCGAGUUGUGCGCUGCGAAAUCGAGCUCCUGUAACCCUACUGCCGUGGUUACCAACCACAACUCGCUCACUUCCCCUCCGAACAGUGCAGGAACCCGCCCUGAACCGUCCGCACGUGCAAGCAGCGCUCUCUCCAGAUGGGAGCUCCCCGGACCCGCCAGCUCCGGAGGCGUCGUUUCAUCCUCAGUUGAAGCCAGCUCUGCUCGGCCUGACUCGCUGUCGGGUGCUGGUACCGGGGCGGUUGCGGCAAAUCUCUUGCCGCAAAGCAUUGCUUUCACUGGCAGCAGCAGCGAGUCAGCUGCUCUGGCGCCGUCACCCGCGAUCUCGUCUCUGUUCGACUCCUGCGAGUCGCUCUCAAUUGAAUCCGGGAGUCCGAGCCCCUUUUUCGCCGAAAAUUACUCUCUGGGUGGGCGCUGGCCAUAUGCAGAGAAGAGGGUCCGUCUGACGCCCUAUGACGAGGCAGUGUCUACUGAGGACGCGAGCAACUCAGCAGGCUACCACUGGGCCCCCAGCAGUAGGGUUUCUGAGGCACUGUCUGCUGAUCUGGAUCAGAUGAUGUGUAGCCCUGAGCCGUGCAGCCCUCCCGCACCUGAUGCUGCUGCAGAUGGCGUUUCUUUUGGACUCCCCGUCAGGGGCACUUCAUUCGAGGAUGGCCUUGCGACGGCGAGUCCAGACGAAGCAAGACCACGAGGGCUGGCACAUGCGGACGUCUCGUUCGAGGAUUUCCUUUCUGAAUUGUCUCCAAAAGUGUGUUCCGAGGAUUUUUGGUCUGAGGAGCCGCCUUGGCUAGAAGCAGCGGAUGUGAGUCCUUCAAGGGAAGCAUCGGGCAGGUCAGGUGGCAGUUCUUCCGAUGAUAGCCAAGAGCCUCGGCCAAUUGGCUUGAAGCGCUGUGCUUCAGCCAUGCUGACUGGUAGUGGCACUGAGACAGGAAUCCUCAAUGGAAGCAAUCCCGGGCAUGCUUGUGUGCCCAGGCCCAUGCCGAAAUCAGGGUUUCGAGCAAACACGAGCCGCCUGACACACCAUAACCCGCUCAGCAUCACCCCGAAACACAGCUCACACCCCAAGGCUCCCCUUGAACUCUCCUUAUCCCCCUCGAGUUCAUCAGCAUCGUCGCAUCGCCGUCCCCUCGAGUUCAUCAGCAUCGUCGCAUCGCCCACAGAAGCCGUAUUACGGACAGCACGCGUUAGUACCAUGGAACGACCGUCACACGUUUCCGCGGAUCGCGAUCGUGACCGCGAUUGCGAAGAGCUUUCCGCGGAAUGCGCUUCCGCCACGGCCGUCCUGGACGACGACACUCUCUCCCUCGUCCUCUCCUUCCUCCCCUCGCGCUUCGCUAUCUCCUCGGCCGCCUUAGUCUGCCGCCGCUGGUGCCGCGUCGCGCUGCGCGUGUGUGUGCGAUCGCUCCAACCGUCGCCCUUCCUGCUCGAGAGUUUAGUUCCGGGAUCGGAGAGCAUCCUAGGUAGUCAUGAUUCCGAAUCGGAGAUGCUAGAGUUGACGACGCGAUUCGCCGCCACGCUUCGAUCUCUGGAGAUCCGUCCUGGUGCGAGAAACUUAACCGCCGCUGUCAACGAUAAGCUGACGGCCCACGGCAUAGUGCGAAUCCUUCGAACCGCCUCGAGGAUCGAAACCCUAUCUCUGGUCGGUUGCGUUGAGCAGAACUGUCCGACAUUCGACUCGCUUCCCAUGAGCACCUCAGAUUUUGCCACGGUGGUGUUACCAGCCCUGCCACGUCAGCUCAAGCGCCUAGAUCUCCGCUCGGACCACUUUCUCUGCCCCGCCGCGUGCGUGGACCUGCGGGGAUUCUGGUUAAGCCCGUGCGAUGAUCCGGAAAUCACAUACCCGAACCAUGAUCGCGUGUGGGGCCACGCGGACGGCAUUCAGCUUGCCGGCUCCUCCAUCAUCCCACCUCCGCCGCAUCCGCCCCCUCCGCGUGCGCGUGCGCCCCCUCCUCCUCCCUCUCGCGCCGUUCCUCCCCCACCUACUUCCGUUCCUCCUCCUACUGCUUCUGUCCCUCCUCGCUCUACCUCUUCCCUCCCGCCUCCCCCCCCUCCCCCUCCCCCACCUACUUCCGCAACUUAUCCUCCGCCUCCCCCCCGUCCGUGCGUCCUGCACCCCCCACCGCCUCCCCGUCCGCGCCCCCCGCUCCCCCCACCGCCUCCGCCCCCACCCCCUCCGCCCCCACCGCCUCCGCUCCGCCCGCCUCCCCCCGUUGGGAACCGUCCGCCGCAGCGCUCCUUCCUUACCGACCUCCACCUGAACACCAUCGCCGCCUCGCUCCCUAACCUCCGCGCCCUGAACCUCGACACGCCAGCGGACAUCACGGCCGCGUGCGUCGAGCACGUGGCCAGCACGCUCCCGCAUCUGACGGCGCUCUCGCUCUGGUCCGACGCCAUCACGUGGGAGUCGGCGGCGCUGCUCCUCGCGCUCCUCCCGUCCCUGCAGCGCCUCUCUCUCGUGUCCGCCGCGCUGGUUCCGCGCGCCUUGCCCCAGCCGGGGCGCGCAGGGGCGGAGCGCGCACGCGCGCCGGGAUCGGCGGGUGAAGCAACAGCGCCAGAUAUUUCAGCGAAUGCUGGGCCAGAAGCAGCGGGCCACCUGUUCCGCCACCUCACCACCCUGGAUCUGUCCCGAACCGAUGUCUUGCGCCCCCCACCCCCUCCCGAUGGCGAGCCGGGGAGGAGCGAGGAGGCGCUGUGCGGGGCCAUCCGCGGCCUGCCUCUCCUGGAGCGCCUCGCCCUCCCCCUGGCGUCAGACGCUGUCCUGCUGGAGAUUUCCCAGUCCUGCCCGAAGCUCACCGCCUUGCACGCCCAGCCGCUAGCUCGCUUCAUCCCUGUGGCGUCUGCUGUGGGAAGUGGUAUCAACGACUUUCUGUACUACACCUCCUCCUAUGCCAGGGCCUCCGUGCGUGUCACCCUUCCUGCUGUCCAGUGGCGAGUGACGGAUGCCGGGGUGCUGGCCAUUGCGAACGGAUGCACGCGAUUGGUGCAGCUGAGUCUGGGCGGCUGUGUGAACGUGCGACCCGCAGCGUGGCGCCAGCUGGCGAGGAGAUGCGGGCGGCUGGAGGUGCUGAGGCUGCCGCGCACACGCGUGGACGAUGCUGCUGUCGUGGCGGCGCUGUUCGGCGACAGCUGGCGCAGCGGCGUGGGUGUGGCUGUGAAUGCUGCGCUUGGCAGUGCUGUCACUGCUGCCGCUGCUGCUGGGGCUGCCCCGGAUAUCCCACCUGGUGCCGACGCCACUGCUGGUGCAGGCCGUGCUUCCAGUGCGCCAGUGCCACUGCAGCUGCACCUGCCAAGGCUCGUUCUGCUUGACCUCUUUGGAUGCCCGGGGGUGACUUCUGCUCUCCUGCUCGCUCUCUCAGCAGCAGCCAGGGAGCUUGCUGGCAACGACGAGAAGAACAGAGAUGAUGGGGUAGAUGAAGUGGUGGAGAGGGAUGAGGAGGGUGAGGAGGAGAAGGCACUCACGGCGGUUGAGGGUGUGGGGCAUGAGAAAGGAAGGAUGAAGGUGCGAGGAUGCUGUGGGUUGCAGGAGUUCAGGCUGCGGCGCCUGCUGGUGUCGCCUGAAGUGAUUGCUGGAGAUGGGUGGAGUGGGAGUGAGGAAGGUGGAAGCGAACGUGUGUUGGGGGAUGGAGGAGAUGGGGGAGUGGGUUCUGACUAUGUGGAUCUGAGGCUUGUUGCAAGGGAGGUGGGGAUGCUGCUGCCCAAGUUGGUGGUUACCGCUAGAAGGACUGCGGAACAUGUGUUGCCGUGGGAUGGCUUUUUUGGGGAGCGGAAACUUGAGCUGGAUGGUGACGAUGAUGAGAGUGAGUGA